UUUGGCAUUACUUUUAUUUUAAAACGUGUUCGAAAUGAAUAAAUAAAUAAAUAGAUACAUGUCACGUGUCGAUGACGUGGCGGUAAACAAAGCGCGGAGCCAAUCGCAGAGAGGCAGCUCGGUCAGCCGACAGAAGCUUCCGGGAUUGUGUUGUGUUGUCAAAAUGGCAGAACACCAUCAUCAUCAUCACUUCUCUCUGUGCUUCUGCGAUUUAAUGAGGUUGUUGUGGUCCCUGGUCGUGCCCUGCGUCUACCUCAGCGUGGUCCUGACCCUCGUGCUGUUGCUGCUCCUGCUGGGGGUCCGACUGUGGCUGAAUGGCCGCCGCAAGGCCCGCGGGGCUCCGGACGGAGGCCCCGCGGUGGCUUUCUUCCACCCGUACUGCAACGCCGGAGGAGGCGGGGAGCGGGUCCUCUGGUGCUCCCUGAGGGCCCUCAUGAACCGAUACCCGAGCGUCUCCUUCGUGGUCUACACUGGAGACCAGGGAGUGACGGGCGAGCAGAUUCUGGAGGGAGCCCGACAGCGUUUCAACAUCACGCUGCCCCGACCGAUCACCUUCGUCUUCCUGCGACACCGCUCGCUGGUGGAGGCCAGUUCUUACCCGCACUUCACCCUGCUGGGUCAGAGCGGCGGCUCCAUGUUCCUCGGCUGGGAGGCGCUGACGGCCUUCGUCCCCGACCUGUACGUGGACUCGAUGGGCUACGCCUUCACCCUGCCCAUCUUCCGCUACCUGGGAGGCUGCAAGGUGGCAAGCUACGUCCACUAUCCCACCGUCAGCACCGACAUGCUGUCUGUGAUCAGAGAGAGGAACCCCAGGUUCAACAAUGCUGACUUCAUCUCCAGAAACCCCGUGCUGAGCGCAGUCAAGGUGGUGUACUAUUUCUGCUUCGCCCUGCUGUACGGCCUGGCCGGCUCCUGCAGCGACGUCAUCAUGGUGAACUCCACCUGGACGCUGGGACACAUACUGUCUCUGUGGCGCGCCCCGAGCCGCACCAGCAUCGUCUACCCUCCCUGCGACGUCAGGGCCUUCCUGGGCGUCCCGCUGGAGGAGGAUGAGGAGGAGGAUAAAGAGGAAGUGGAGGAGGGCUGGGAGGAGCUCGGACGGGAGCUGAGUAGUGAAGAGGAAGGAGUCGGGGACAGGAAGUGCCACUCCAUCGUGUCGGUGGGUCAGUUCCGACCAGAGAAGGACCACCGGCUGCAGAUUCGGGCGUUUCACAAACUGCUGGACAGGAAGAAGGAGGGGCCCGGGGGACGGGAGUCUCUGCGGCUGGUGCUGAUUGGUGGAUGCAGGAACCAGGAGGAUGAGGAGCGGGUGCUGAUGCUGCGGGGGCUCUGCCAGGAGCUGGACGUGGCCGACCGCGUCGACUUCAAACUCAAUGUGUCCUUCGAGGAGCUGAAGAGAGAGCUGGUGGACGCCACCAUCGGUCUGCACACCAUGUGGAACGAACACUUUGGUAUAGGUGUGGUGGAGUGUAUGGCUGCAGGCACCAUCGUCCUCGCUCAUAAGUCUGGAGGUCCAAAACUGGACAUCGUGGUGGCGUACGAAGGCGGACAGACGGGCUUCCUGGCCGACAGCGAGGACGGCUACGCCGCUGCCAUGGAAGCCAUCUUGGCGCUGUCUCCAUCGGCCAGACUGGAGAUCCGACACAAUGCCCGGCGCUCUGUGGAGCGAUUCUCCGACCAAGAAUUUGAGGCUUGUUUCAUCGCUGCCAUGGAGUCUCUGAUGUGUCAACUGGAGCGAUGAGGAGGACCAGACGAGGCCCGGUGUCCACCAGGGACCAGGACUUCAUAUUAAGUUAAUUCUGCUACCCAGAUAUAUGAGGGGGGAAACAGUGAGUCAUAUCUAAGUUUAAAACAAGCUAAGCUUCCGACGCUGUUACUAAAGUGUGACAUAGUGUCUCGUUCCUCAUUUAAAAUAAUAGUCGACAUUGUCAAGUUCCUGGUAGACACCCAGAGAUAAACUUGUCUGUCUUAUACGCUGCGAUGAAGCAAAAACAACAAAAAAAAACAUUUCCAGUGACUUUGCAUGUGUCAAACUCUCGACGACUGUUCACCAAACGGACAGAAACAUGGAGAAGAGAUGAAGCGUCUGUAAUGUUCGUAGUAACAAACGUCACUGUUGAAAUCCUCCCCGAACAGAAAACCGUAGCAGGGCUGAUCGCCGUAAUGUUCAUUUAUCAAAGUGACCCAGCCUGGAGAAGCGGAUGACAGAUGAAACAUAAAAGUCUCAUCGUAUUCACUAUUAAACCAUCAACGUCGAUGGGACGCUGGCUAACAGCUCAGAAAAAACUUUAAACCACAUUAUUCCAAGUGGGAAGUUACAUUUACAAGAGGAAAUGGAUUUUGGGAGUUUUUAUUAUCAUUAACGUCAUAUCGUUGUGAUAUUUGGUCCAGGACCUGUUGAGCCUAGUUUACCAGGCUGACAGCAGAGGGACACUGCUAGCAUGCGUAAAGUAAGAAAAUGUUUCUCUUCCAUCUGUUUCCUUACCAACACAUUUGAUCUUGUUCGCUAGCCAGCUUGUGUUUCUUCUCUUAUGAGUAUGCUACGCCUGCAGUUUGCCCCUUCUUCCCGUCUUUGUGCAAAGCCAAACACAUGCUGGACUUAUCUCAGUACUGGACGCACAGAUAUUCAACUUGUAUGAAUCUUCUCACCUGACUAUGAAGCAUAUUUCCCAAAAAUGUUCCUUUGAGGCGUUUGAUUAAAAUUGAGAGUAGUUACAUUCCAACCAGCUUUUUGUGCGACACCACUGAAGGCCGUAUGUGUUUGCUGGUGUGGAAGUGAGUUAUAUCGAGUUAUACUGGUGUGACUUUGAGUAUAGUUUAUUUAUGAUGAUGUUUUCCAAUUACUGACUGAUUCUUAAAUAGAUGUAAAGGGGUUUGCAAUGUUGUUUUUCCUCAAGAAGUUACCGAAAUGAAGACUUUUCUGUUUCUGAGCACAUCGAGGGAGCACUUCAAAAGUAAUGAUGGCCAAAUAUCUCUCGUUUAAAUAUUGUUUCACUUCCUGCAUUCCUGUUUGUAAUGAGUUCACGAAAAUAUUACACGUGUUGAAUAUUAAAAAUCUUUAUUUCAAAAAAGAAUUAUUACUAUUUAAGUAUGUCCAUGUUGAGAGGAUGAGAAAACUGAAACAAUACUGCAAUAAACGCAAUCGUCAAAACACUUCAUAGAAACUGUUUGUUUGUGCUGCCAGCCUGUGGCAAGAAACAGUAACGGCACAGCAAAGGUAAAACACUACUGCUGCUUAUUAGAGAAGAACAUCCAUUUAAUAACAGUGGCCAACUGUUGUGAAAAUUACUGAGCCUUUCCCUUGUUUUGUUAAAAAACAUUUGUGUUUUUAAAGAUUCAUGUCUUCAGUAGGAACCUAUUGGCACGGAGCUGAGAGCCGGGGCAGACAAGUAUUGAGAGACGGACGAACACAUUGUUACUUUUGGUCUUUUUUCGUGGGAUUUGUUGAAAGUAAGAACGAUAUAGAACGCCACCAGACUCACCCGAUAUAAAGUACAAAACAACGCAUGAAGAACCCUAACAACUGGGCGUUCAGACAUGCUGGACCUCAAUCUCUCUCUUUGUAUUCUGCACAAAACUAGUUCUUUCUGACUAAACGGUGGCAGGUGAAAACAUCAGAUCUGUGUGGAGCGAUGAGGCGACUUCCUCACAUUAAUACAUGACAAUAAAUGUCAAAUCUCCAUCAUGUUUUCCACCAUUUGAUCUUUGAGUAGAGCUCUUUUAAUUAAUGACCUCAUCUCAUUGUGUCCUCUUAAUUUUAAUGGCGCUGAACAGAUAAUUAGCUCCACAAGCUGCUUAUCUCCAUCAACCAAUGAACUCAUAUUCACACAGCAGUAGCGGAUGGAAAUGCAAAUUAAUUUGCCUUUACUUUUGCCAAUUCCCUGGAAAUUUUGUUAUAAUUUGCACUAAAUUUGGAUGCCUUGAUUUAUGUUCAGAGCCGCUAUAAACACUUUGAGACCUGGUUGGAUAAUUCAACGUUCAAACUAAUCUGUUUCAAGCUAACUGGGACCUUAAAAACUGAAUUAAUAGGACAAUGAAGGUGGAUGGUUAUAGGAGCCCUCAGAGAAAAUCUUACCAAAGCUUAUUAUUUGUCGAACAAACAAAUGCAUCUCCCCCAUAAAACAUAUGCAAAGCUGAAUUUGACAUGUUUUAGUUGCUGCUGUCUUGUUUUGACGUGCGAUCGUCUGAAUGCUCGGACUGACCGUCACAUUCUUCGGUCUCAGGCGAGACAAUGUCUGCACUGGAGUCUUCAACUUCCUGCUCGUUUUGUUGCGAGUGUGCAGCGCUCACUUCUCGUCCGACCUCAUUCUCGUUCAUCCCUUCCUCCACCGCUGCCCUCUCCUCUGUGAGCUCCGCCUCGUCCGAGCUCCCGUCCUCCAUCACAAACAGGUUCUUCAUGGAGUCGGCCACCGCCUCUCUCAGCUCGUCCUCCGACUCCUCAAAGUUGCUGAUGAGCAAAAAGGAAAUUAAAAUGAUCUCAUGCAGAGCAAAAAACAGUAUGUUGUUUGCUAACUCACACUUAUUAUACUAUAAUUAUAUUCAUAAAAAAUUAAGAGGUAAAGAGCAGCGAACAGAAAGCAGUGUUACUCACGUGUCGUCAUCGUCUGACCUCGGCUCCAGAUGAUCUUCAUCCAUCUCCACAUCAGAGUACUCCUCGU